ACUGCAUUAAAGAGUAGGUCUAUUUCUAUACCAGACUGCAUUAAAGAGUAGGUCUAUUUCUAUACCAGACUGCAUUAAAGAGUAAGUCUAUGUAGUAUAUCUCUAUACCAGACUGCAUUAAAGAGUAAGUCUAUGUAAUAUAUCUCUAUACCAGACUGCAUUAAAGAGUAAGUCUAUGUAGUAUAUCUCUAUACCAGACUGCAUUAAAGAGCUCGACCAGGAGAAACCCGUCAGAGUGGAGAUGGCAGCCAUGCCAGAGACAGAGUAAGACUACCUGGGCGGCUUGCUAGCUCUGGUCUGUCUGCUCUGCACAGCUCCAGACCGAUGACGAAUGUUCAGAACCACAGCUGAUCAGCCUUUACUGUUGAUAAUGUGUGUUGCAACUGGAGAGACUUAGAGAGCUAGCCCAGGUGCAGGAGAAGAUAAGUACCUUUCUGAGACCAUUCUCCCUGUUACUUUGUUACAACCCUCUAACUCCCUUUCUCAUUGUUACGACCCUCUCUCUCUUUCUCCCUUUCUCAAUGUUACGACCCUCUCUCUCUUCCUCCCUUUCUCAUUGUUACGACCCUCUCUCUCUUUCUCCCUUUCUCAAUGUUACGACCCUCUCUCUCUUUCUCAUUGUUACGACCCUCUCUCUCUUUCUCAAUGUUACGACCCUCUCUCUCUUUCUCAUUGUUACGACCCUCUCUCUCUUUCUCAAUGUUACGACCCUCUCUCUCUUUCUCAAUGUUACGACCCUCUCUCUCUUUCUCAUUGUUACGACCCUCUCUCUCUUUCUCAAUGUUACGACCCUCUCUCUCUUUCUCAAUGUUACGACCCUCUCUCUCUUUCUCAUUGUUACGACCCUCUCUCUCUUUCUCAAUGUUACGACCCUCUCUCUCUUUCUCAUUGUUACGACUCUCUCUCUUCCUCCCUUUCUCAUUGUUACGACCCUCUCUCUCUUCCUCCCUUUCUCAAUGUUACGACCCUCUCUCUCUUUCUCAUUGUUACGACCCUCUCUCUCUUUCUCAUUGUUACGACCCUCUCUCUCUUUCUCAUUGUUACGACCCUCUCUCUCUUUCUCCCUUUCUCAUUGUUACGACCCUCUCUCUCUUUCUCAUUGUUACGACCCUUUCUCAUUGUUACGACCCUCUCUCUCUUUCUCCCUUCCUCAUUGUUACGACCCUCUCUCUCUUUCUCCCUUUCUCAUUGUUACGACCCUCUCUCAUUGUUACGACCCUCUCUCUCUUUCUCCCUUUCUCAAUGUUACGACCCUCUCUCUCUUUCUCCCUUUCUCAUUGUUACGACCCUUUCUCAUUGUUACGACCCUCUCUCUCUUUCUCCCUUCCUCAUUGUUACGACCCUCUCUCUCUUUCUCCCUUUCUCAUUGUUACGACCCUCUCUCUCUUUCUCCCUUUCUCAUUGUUACGACCCUUUCUCAUUGUUACGACCCUUUCUCAUUGUUACGACCCUUUCUCAUUGUUACGACCCUCUCUCUCUUUCUCCCUUUCUCAUUGUUACGACCCUUUCUCAUUGUUACGACCCUUUCUCAUUGUUACGACCCUCUCUCUCUUUCUCCCUUCCUCAUUGUUACGACCCUCUCUCUCUUUCUCCCUUUCUCAUUGUUACGACCCUCUCUCUCUUUCUCCCUUCCUCAUUGUUACGACCCUCUCUCUCUUUCUCCCUUUCUCAUUGUUACGACCCUCUCUCUCUUUCUCCCUUUCUCAUUGUUACGACCCUCUCUCUCUUUCUCCCUUUCUCAUUGUUACGACCCUCUCUCUCUUUCUCCCUUUCUCAUUGUUACGACCCUUUCUCAUUGUUACGACCCUUUCUCAUUGUUACGACCCUUUCUCAUUGUUACGACCCUCUCUCUCUUUCUCCCUUUCUCAUUGUUACGACCCUUUCUCAUUGUUACGACCCUUUCUCAUUGUUACGACCCUCUCUCUCUUUCUCCCUUCCUCAUUGUUACGACCCUCUCUCUCUUUCUCCCUUUCUCAUUGUUACGACCCUCUCUCUCUUUCUCCCUUCCUCAUUGUUACGACCCUCUCUCUCUUUCUCCCUUUCUCAUUGUUACGACCCUCUCUCUCUUUCUCCCUUUCUCAUUGUUACGACCCUCUCUCUCUUUCUCCCUUUCUCAUUGUUACGACCCUCUCUCUCUUUCUCCCUUUCUCAAUGUUACGACCCUCUCUCUCUUUCUCAUUGUUACGACCCUCUCUCUCUUUCUCUCUUUCUCAUUGUUACGACCCUCUCUCUCUUUCUCUCUUUCUCAUUGUUACGACCCUCUCUCUCUUUCUCUCUUUCUCAUUGUUACGACCCUCUCUCUCUUUCUCAUUGUUACGACCCUCUCUCUCUUUCUCAUUGUUACGACCCUCUCUCUCUUUCUCCCUUUCUCAUUGUUACGACCCUCUCUCUCUUUCUCCCUUUCUCAUUGUUACGACCCUCUCUCUCUUUCUCCCUUUCUCAAUGUUACGACCCUCUCUCUCUUUCUCAUUGUUACGACCCUCUCUCUCUUUCUCUCUUUCUCAUCGUUACGACCCUCUCUCUCUUUCUCUCUUUCUCAUUGUUACGACCCUCUCUCUCUUUCUCUCUUUCUCAUUGUUACGACCCUCUCUCUCUUUCUCAUUGUUACGACCCUCUCUCUCUUUCUCUCUUUCUCAUUGUUACGACCCUCUCUCUCUUUCUCAUUGUUACGACCCUCUCUCUCUUUCUCAUUGUUACGACCCUCUCUCUCUUUCUCUCUUUCUCAUUGUUACGACCCUCUCUCUCUUUCUCAUUGUUACGACCCUCUCUCUCUUUCUCAUUGUUACGACCCUCUCUCUCUUUCUCAAUGUUACGACCCUCUCUCUCUUUCUCAAUGUUACGACCCUCUCUCUCUUCCUCCCUUUCUCAAUGUUACGACCCUCUCUCUCUUUCUCAUUGUUACGACCCUCUCUCUCUUUCUCAUUGUUACGACCCUCUCUCUCUUUCUUCCUUUCUCAUUGUUACGACCCUCUCUCUCUUUCUCCCUUUCUCAUUGUUACGACCCUCUCUCUCUUUCUCAUUGUUACGACCCUCUCUCUCUUUCUCUCUUUCUCAUUGUUACGACCCUCUCUCUCUUCCUCCCUUUCUCAUUGUUACGACUCUCUCUCUCUGGUCAAUCUCUCCACCGUGCUCUGUAACCUCCUGCUGUCUCUGCUCUGUAACCUCCUGCUGUCUCUGCUCUGUAACCUCCUGCUGUCUCUGCUCUGUAACCUCCUGCUGUCUCUGCUCUGUAACCUCCUGCUGUCUCUGCUCUGUAACCUCCUGCUGUCUCUGCUCUGUAACCUCCUGCUGUCUCUGGUCUGUAUCCUCCUGCUGUCUCUGGUCAAUCUCUCCACCGUGCUCUGUAACCUCCUGCUGUCUCUGCUCUGUAACCUCCUGCUGUCUCUGGUCUGUAUCCUCCUGCUGUCUCUGGUCUGUAACCUCCUGCUGUCUCUGCUCUGUAACCUCCUGCUGUCUCUGGUCUGUAUCCUCCUGCUGUCUCUGGUCAAUCUCUCCACCGUGCUCUGUAACCUCCUGCUGUCUCUGCUCUGUAACCUCCUGCUGUCUCUGCUCUGUAACCUCCUGCUGUCUCUGCUCUGUAACCUCCUGCUGUCUCUGCUCUGUAACCUCCUGCUGUCUCUGGUCUGUAACCUCCUGCUGUCUCUGGUCAAUCUCUCCACCGUGCUCUGUAACCUCCUGCUGUCUCUGCUCUGUAACCUCCUGCUGUCUCUGCUCUGUAUCCUCCUGCUGUCUCUGCUCUGUAACCUCCUGCUGUCUCUGGUCAAUCUCUCCACCGUGCUCUGUAACCUCCUGCUGUCUCUGGUCUGUAACCUCCUGCUGUCUCUGGUCUGUAACCUCCUGCUGUCUCUGCUCUGUAACCUCCUGCUGUCUCUGCUCUGUAACCUCCUGCUGUCUCUGGUCUGUAACCUCCUGCUGUCUCUGCUCUGUAACCUCCUGCUGUCUCUGCUCUGUAACCUCCUGCUGUCUCUGGUCUGUAACCUCCUGCUGUCUCUGGUCUGUAACCUCCUGCUGUCUCUGCUCUGUAACCUCCUGCUGUCUCUGCUCUGUAACCUCCUGCUGUCUCUGGUCAAUCUCUCCACCGUGCUCUGUAACCUCCUGCUGUCUCUGCUCUGUAACUUUUAUGUAUCAAGCCAAACAUAGAGAUGUUGUCAUAGUUACGUUUUGUAUCUGCAAUGUAUUUAAGUCACUCUGUUACUGAGGGUUGAUGCUUAUUCUUCAUUACAUUUAUAUAUUUAUAUUCAACAGGUGAGAAAGGACAAAGAUUAAUAUAUUUUUAUGGGUUUUUGAUUUGAUCCUUAUUUUAGGUCACAUGACCCCCACAGAGUGAUGUUAAAUAGAGCAGGUUUCACAGCACCUGGAAACGCUUUACUGCAGGUUUUGCAUCACCUGGAAACGCUUUACGGCAGGUUUUGCAUCACCUGGAAACGGUUUACUGCUAAUGUCUUUGAAAGAAUCCUACAUGAAAAAAGUUACUGUCCCCUGUCUGGAAGUACCAGAUUCAUGUCUGUCUGUAGCGACGACAAGGUAUACCGUGUGAAAACAGAGAACCUAAAGACAUAUUGGUUGAUCCUGGAAUGUGAUACCAGUCUGACUGUCAAUCAGAAUGUUGGUUUUUUUGUCAAGUGUUUUUGGAGGGGACUUUCUUGUACAUUUAUUUCUCUAAAGUAAAUGUCCAAAUCCAAA